AUGAUGAACCUGACGGAGUGGGCUGAAACAAAAUGGACAGAUCGCUCAAAUUCCUCAACACAACUGCCUUCACCAUCUUGGGGCAGCAAUGACUCCUUUUCUUUCCAAGGGGAUCUCCAGGAGAUAAUCCACACAGCCACUUUAGUUACAUGUACCUUCCUGCUGGGCGUCAUUUUCUGCUUAGGUUCUUAUGGCAACCUUAUUGUUUUUUUGUCCUUCUUUGACCCAGCUUUCCGGAAGUUCAGGACCAACUUUGAUUUUAUGAUCCUCAAUUUGUCUUUCUGUGACCUUUUCAUCUGUGGAGUGACUGCCCCCAUGUUCACCUUUGCUCUCUUUUUGGAUUCUGCAGCUGGCAUCCCUGAUGCUUUCUGUUUUACCUUCCACCUUACCAGCUCUGGGUUUAUCAUCAUGUCCCUCAAGACAGUGGCUGUUAUUGCCCUUCACCGAUUAAGCAUGGUGUUAGGGAAGCAACCCAAUCGGACUGCCUCCUUCCCUUGCACUCUACUGCUUACCCUGCUCCUCUGGGCUACAAGCUUUACUCUGGCCACUCUAGCCACCAUGAGGACCCAUAAAUCUCGUCUUUGCCUUCCUAUUUCCAGCCUGAUCAGUGGUGAGGGAAAGAUCAUCCCUUACUUGUAUGUUAUUGACUUCAUCUGCUGUGUGACAGUGGUUUCAGUUUCUUAUAUCAUGAUAGCACAAGCCUUGAGGAAAAAUGCCCAAGUGAGAAAAUGCCCCCCCAUCAUCACAGUUGAUGCCUCCAGGCCUCAUCCUUUUGUUGGAACACUUGCUACUGGUUGUGCUGAUGGGGUACAGUGCACUAUGCCAGCUCUGUAUAGAAAUCAAAACUAUAACAAGCUGCAACACAUCCAAACACAUGCAUACAUGAAGAACUUUGGCCAGCUCUCCGCAUCUGCAGCCAGCAGAUUCCAAUUGGUGUCCAUGAUUAAUUUGUCCACAGCCAAGGACUCUAGAGCUGUGGUGACUUGCAUUGUUAUUGUUCUUUCUGUUUUAGUUUGCUGCCUUCCACUGGGCAUAUCUUUGAUACAGGAUGUUUUGUCCAAGAACAAUGAUAUUGUGCUUUAUCAAUUUGAGUUGUGUGGAUUUACGCUGUUUUUUUUAAAGUCUGGAUUGAAUCCUUUUAUAUAUUCCCGUAACAGUGCUGGUUUAAGAAGGAGGGUCCUUUGGUUUAUACAGUACUUGGCCUUUGUUUUUUUCUGUUGUAAACAGAAAACACGGCUUCAAGCUGUGGGCAAAGGGGGCCUGGAGGCCAACAGAAAUAAAUCAUCUCAUCAUGAGACCAACUCAGCUUAUAUGUUAUCUCCAAAGCCUCAGAAAAAGUUUGUGGACCAAGCGUGUGGCCCUAGUCGCUCUAAAGAAAGUGUACUGAGUCCUAAGGCUUCUGUUGGCCAUUAUUAUGGAGGAGGGCAGAGUAGUUCCACUCCCAUGAAUACCCGCAUUGAACCUUAUUAUAGCAUUUAUAACAGCUGCCCUUCUCAGGAAGUAAGCACUCCCAACAGCUUGCAACCAACAAACUCGCCAUUCAGAUAUGCCAACUCCUACAUUGCCAUGCAUUAUCACCCAACAAAUGACUUGGUGCGAGAUUAUGACAGUACUUUUGCUAAGCAGAUACCAGUGCCCUCGGUGUAG